AUGGCGAGACCGGCGGCGAGGCAACCCUUCGUCCUCUCGGCCUUGACGACAACGACACCCACGACCGCUACCACUAGACGUCAGGCCUCCUCGGUUGCUGCCUCGCACGAUAUCAUCGACGACAUCCCCAUUGACCCCCAGGCGCGCACAUCCCUCCCCUCUCCUGCCCCUCAGCGCGCCGCAGAGUCCGCAAAGCUCGCGGCCCUCCAUGCCCGGUUAUCCCUCUCCAGCAAGAUCCCCUUGGAGACUCUCGCCCGGGCCCUCAUCGUCCCCUCCGCCGACAAAAACCCCAGCUUCAACAACUCCAACCUCGCCUUCCUCGGAAGCACAUUCAUCAACUACCAUGUCCUCGAGUAUCUGGUGUGCAAGUGGCCUCGUCUGCCCAUGUCCCUCCUCUACGAGGCCCUGCGGGCAUACGCCGGCAAGGAGUCCCUCCACCAAAUAGCCCGCCGCUGGGGUGUCGAAGCCGCCGCUGCACCUGGCGAGGAGGUCGACCCAGGUCUGCUGCAGUGGAAGCCGGAGGCGUCGGGUCUGCAGACUCGAUGGGGCUACGUCCGCGCCAAUUCUGAUAUCACGGACCGGUAUGAGGAACGUCGCGGCAUCAGCAGCCGAGUGGUGCUCGACGAUGAGUUUGGAGACAAGGUGGCCAUGCCCAAGACGGGCGAGGAGGGCUACAAAUACUACCAGCACGAGGCAUAUGGCUCGUUUGUCCAGGCCGUUGUCGGCGCCAUUUACACCCACUGCGGCCGUGAUGCCACCCGCGACUUUGUCAAGUCCCACAUCCUCUCCCGGGACGUCGAUGUCUCCUCCAUGUUCCAGUUCCAGCUGCCCACACGUGAGCUCGCCAUGCUCUGCGCGCGAGAGGGCUUCGAGGCCCCUAUCGCUCGUCUCGAGAGUGAGACGGGUCGUCUCUCACGAACCCCCGUCUUCGUCGUCGGUGUGUACAGCGGCCCCGAGAAGCUCGGCGAGGGCUCAGGCCCCAGCCUCGACAUCGCCAGGUGGAACGCCUCUAUGAACGCCCUCAAGGCGUGGUACCUGUACAGCCCCAGCAACAAGGUGCGGGUACCGAGCGACAUGCUCGAGGAGGGCGCCAAGCCCUGGAAGGCGCCUCACAUUGAUAUCGGAGAGAUCAUCUAA